CUCAGAGGGAUUUAACUUUCCUCUUAGUGAGCUCACCUGCUCUGGAUCUCUCUGUCUCCUUCUGCUCUUUCUCUAACUGAUCCUCAUCCCCUCAUAGACGACAGCAGCCAUGACUUCGAUUAAAACAGUACAGUACAGCAGCGGUGGAAGCUUGAGCGGCGGCUUUGGUGGUGGUGGAGGUAUUAGAAAAAGCUUCUCUAGCAUGUCUGCCAGUGCAGCUCCCAUUGGCAGCAGGAUGAGCUCUGUGUCAUUCCGUCGCUCCGGCGGUGGUGGUGGCAGCGGCUUCGGAGGAGGAUCCGGAGCAAGCUACAGCUACAGCAUUGGCGGCGGAGGUCUCGGAGGUGGUUACGGAGGUGGUUACGGCGGUGGUGCUGGAUUCGGCGGUGGUGCAGGAUUCGGUGGCGGUGCAGGUUUCGGAGGCGGUGCAGGUUUCGGAGGUGGUGCAGGAUUCGGCGGUGGCGCUGGUGGAUUUGGUGGAGGAUUCGGUCAUGGCGGUAUAGCACCCAUCACAGCUGUCACAGUCAACCAGAGCCUCCUAGCUCCAUUGAACCUAGACAUCGACCCCAACAUCCAAGCCGUCCGCACCCAGGAGAAAGAGCAGAUCAAGAACCUCAACAACCGCUUUGCUUCCUUCAUUGACAAGGUGCGCUUCCUAGAGCAGCAGAACAAAGUACUUGAGACAAAAUGGAGUUUACUGCAGGACCAGACUACCACCCGCUCCAACAUCGACGCCAUGUUCGAGGCCUACAUCGCCAACCUGCGCAGACAGCUUGAUGGACUUGGUAAUGAGAAGAUGAAGCUGGAAGGAGAGAUGAAGAACAUGCAGAAUUUGGUGGAGGACUUCAAGAACAAAUAUGAGGAUGAAAUCAACAAGCGUGCCGCAGUGGAAAACGAAUUUGUCCUGCUCAAGAAGGAUGUUGACGCUGCUUACAUGAACAAGGUUGAGCUUGAGGCCAAGGUUGAUUCCCUUCAAGAUGAAAUCAACUUCCUUAGAGCCAUCUUUGAGGAGGAGCUGCGCGAACUCCAGGGACAGAUCAAAGACACAUCAGUCAUUGUGGAAAUGGACAACAGUCGCAACCUGGACAUGGAUUCCAUCGUUGCUGAGGUCCGUGCUCAGUAUGAGGACAUUGCCAACCGCAGCCGCGCUGAGGCUGAGUCGUGGUACAAACAGAAGUUCGAGGAGAUGCAGUCAUCUGCCGGCAAAUAUGGAGAUGACCUUCGCAACACCAAGGCCGAGAUUGCUGAGCUCAACCGCAUGAUCAGCAGACUUCAGAAUGAAAUUGAAUCUGUCAAGGGACAACGUGCCAACCUGGAAGCUCAGAUCGCUGAGGCUGAGGAGCGUGGAGAACUGGCAGUGAAGGAUGCCAAGCUCCGCAUUAAGGAACUGGAGGAGGCCCUGCAAAGAGCAAAGCAGGACAUGGCGCGCCAGGUGCGUGAGUACCAGGAACUCAUGAAUGUCAAACUGGCCUUGGACAUUGAGAUCGCAACCUACAGGAAGCUUCUGGAAGGAGAGGAGUCCAGGAUUGCAACUGGUGGCAGUGCUGCAACCAUCCACAUCCAGGAGUCAAGCAGUGGUGGCGGCGGCGGUUUCGGAUACGGUGGUGGCAGCGGCUUCGGUGGUGGCAGCGGAUUCGGUGGAGGCAGCGGCUUCGGUGGAGGCAGCAGCUACGGUGGUGGUGGCGGCAGCGGCUUCGGUGGCGGCAGUGGCAGCGGCUUUGGAUAUGGUGGUGGCUCCAGCUUGAGCCUGAGUGGCGGUGGCGGCGGUGGUCAAAUCUCAGUGUCCCGCUCCUCUGUGGUGCAGUCUAGCCAGAAGCGCCGCUUCUAAACUCGUCCACCCAGUUCCCUCUUCCACCUGGCCAAGAAGAUCUUUUCACUCCGCAUUUCAAUGAGUUCAUACAUUUUUGAUGUGUUUAACCCCCCAUACCACCGUGACCCAAAGAGACUUUAAUGUCAAAGUGUUACACCUGCAGAACGUCUUUUCUCAUUCACCGUGUUGUCUUUGAUUCUUGUUGUUUCCUCUUGGCAUUACUCCUCAUCCAGAGUACAAAUUGUCCUUAAGGGGAUGCACUAUUGGAAAAGAGCUAAUAAGGGAGACAAAACAUGAAGCUCAAGGUGAAUAGCUUUUGUUGCUCUGUGUUACAACAUGUAAGUAUUAAACGCAAACAAUUGCUUAUUAACUGACAAAAUCCUUGUCACUACAACCAGCAUUGUUAAUGCUUCAGCUGCAUUAUAGUGCAACAAAAGCUACUCAUUUGAGACUUUACUUCCCUCAGAGAGGAGUAACUUUUACUCUUUUCUUUCCCUGAUUUUGGAUGAUGGGCUGAUGAGCUGUUCUGUCAAAAUUGUUGUAUUCAUCAAAUCAUGAACCAUGUACCACAUGGAAACAUCAAUAAAUCAGGGUUCUAUACAA